AUGAGCGCGCCGGCGCGGCGCGUGCGGCUGCGGCCCUGGCUCGUGGCGCAGGUGGACAGCGGGCGCUACCCGGGGCUGCGCUGGCUCGACCCGCAGCGCCGCCUCUUCUGCAUCCCCUGGCGCCACGCCACGCGCCACGCGCCGCAGCAGCCCCACGGCGACACCAUCUUCAAGGCCUGGGCCCAGGAGACCGGCAAGUUCACGGCGGGGCUGGACGAGCCCGACCCGGCCAAGUGGAAGGCGACGCUGCGCUGCGCCCUCAACAAGAGCCGCGACUUCCGCCUGCGCUACGACGGCAGCCGCGACGCGCCGCGGCGGCCCUACCGCGUCUACGAGCUCUGCGGGACGGCACACGGAGCAGAUGCCCCGGCCGAGGACGACGCUGUCGACACCGGGGAUGACGACGUGAGCCAGCUGCAGGAGCUGACGUCCCUGAGCAUCGCGGAGGUGCCGGAGCCGCUGCCGCCGCUCGUGUGGCCCGAGGACGACGGUGACGGUGACGGCGACGACCCCUUCGCGGGGGGGCCCCCCGGCCCGGCCCUGGCGCCGGAGCCGCUGGGCGCCCUGGGGCCCCCCCCCGGCGACACCCUGGCGGCGCGCGGCGAGCGCCAGCGCCGCUACACGCAGCGCCUGCUGGGCGCGCUGGGCCGCGGGCUGCUGCUCGAGCUGCGCGGCCAGGACCUGGCCGCCGUGCGCCUCUGCCAGUGCAAGGUGUUCUGGACGGGGCCCUGCGCCGCCGCGCGCCCCGGGCCCAACCCGCUGCCGCGCGACACCUCCACCAAGCUCUUCAGCCUCCAAGGCUUCCUCAACGGCCUCAUCCGCUUCCAGAAGGGGCAGACGGCGACGCCGCCGCCCUUCGAGAUCCUGCUCUGCUUCGGCGAGGAGUGGCCCGACCACAAGCCCAAGGAGAAGAAGCUGAUCACGGUGCAGGUGGUGCCGGUGGCGGCGCGGCUGCUGCUCGAGCUCUUCUCCGGCGAGCUCUCGUGGUCGGCGGACAGCGUGCCGCUGCACAUCUCGCCGCCCGACCUCGAGGACCGGCUGCUCGAGCAGUUCAAGGAGCUGCACGCGCUGUGGCAGGGCCAGCAGCGCCCGCCGCCGCCCGGUGGCCGCAGCCUCCGCUGA